GUCCAAAACCGACACAAUCCGGACGCGACUGCCAUCUGAGACGGUUUGUAUGCAUCUCGAACUUCCAGGUUUGAUCUAUUGGUCAAUGCGCUUCAUACGCGCCUCUCAGACCGCAUCUUUAACCGAGUUUCUUCCACAUGAUCAGUCUGCUCGCAUCAGGGCUGACGACAACUUGUCACACUUCGCUCAGCAUAUACUCACAGACAUGUGACGCAACCGAAAGACGUUAUAAGAGCGGGUUUUGACCGGUUACUGUCACAAUUUCCAGUUCCUUCUACUUCUUGUAGAGCGAACUCAGCUUCCCAGGCAUUGCAUCCUGUCGUUUUGCUGUAUUGAAGCAAAAAGUGCGCAUUGACAGCGUCUAUUUCGCGGCUGCCUGCUGUCGGCACCCGGUCGAACCCUCCCAUUCUACGAUCUCGAAUCUUUUACCAAGCUCUAUCUGGGUUGUAACCGGCUUGACCCGAUCUCCCAGUUGUCUAUAUGGUCAGCCAGCGCUUUGUUGGCCUCAGCAAACAGCAGCCCGUUCCUCGGCUCUUGAGUGUCAUCGGCAAAGCCCCGGUGACGAACGAGAUGAAGGACGUCCCUGUGGAUGCGCCCCCAUUGAGCAGCUCGAGCGACGACGACGGACUACCCACUAGAGGGGAAAUCCGGCCCAGUGUCUUUCGCCAGCGGUUAUCACCUGCUCAUGAUGCCAACAAAGCCAGGACGGACCGGCACUCGACGGCAUCCGCAGGGCGCUUCAAGCGGACCAGAGCACCAACACGGCUGCCCGAAAGGAAGCUGCCCGGUUCGAGUCCCAAGGAGCCGACGGAUAGACAGCUAGAAGCGAUAGAAAGUGACACUGGAAUGAGCUCUCCUGCCUCGAAGAAAUCUAAGAGGAGUCCACCAGGCAAGGACGAGCAAGACAGCCCCUUUCAACGGAGUAUCUUUCUGCACAAGCCCGUCACGCGGCGUUACAGCAGCAAACCAAAGGUGUUCAUCAGCAAGCCCAAGCCAUCAGCCAAACCCAAACGCCCACCAAAGGAGGUAACAUCGGAUGAAGAUGAGGAUGCGCAACGGUACAAGCUCAACAUCCCAGACUUACCAUCGUCGCCCGGGAAAGGUUCCGCCUCGCCAGCCCGGAGGUUCAAGGCCAUGCCCGGUAGUGACUUGGACUCACCAGCAAAACCGUCUCCGACACGAAAGAAGCGGUUGAAGAUGCCUUAUGACGGCAGCCCGGGUUUUCCAGCAGACCGCGAUAUUGCAGAGGAAUCGCAACGUCCAGUGCUCCGCAUACCAGACGAGCUCCCAGCUUCGUUUUUGGCAGGCGAUGGCAAGAGAAGGGAAUUUGCCUCCUCUCCACUAGCCGAUCCGUCCAACUCACCCAAUCUACUCCGAGACUCAACCUCCUCCCCCUUGACCGACCUCGACUCUCCCGAGCCGGACAAGGACCCCGUCUGCCCGCUCUGCGGCAAGCAAGUGGAAAAGGCCCACCUCGACGAAUACAAGAGGAACAACCCACGCGGCAGGGUCGCCAACAUGCGACGCUUCUGUGAAGGGCACAGGAGGCAGUCUGCGCGGGAGACGUGGGUCCAAAGGGGCUACCCGGACAUCAACUGGCAGCGGUUCGACGAGCGCAUCGCGCAGCACUACCCCUAUGUGAGCAAGUUGCUUGAGGAGACUGGAGAGGUGGAGGAGUCGUCGCACUACCGUCGCCUGUUUGGCGAGAUGGUCCGCACCGGGCGGAACAAGUCGCUGCUGACCUCGGACGUCAGUCUCACGCCGGGCUACUACGGCUUCCGCGGCUUGCGAGCCAUGACGGAGAACCUGGUCACCGAAUUCGGGCCGCUGCUGCUGAAGCGGGCGCGCGAGGACAGGCUGGUCUCGGCCCGCGGGGCGACCAUGUACCUGCAGAUGGUGGUCGUGCCCGAGCUGGCGGUGCGGCUUAUUAUGGAGGAUAUGAGCGUCGGGGAGGAAGAGGCGAGGGAGAUACUGGCUGGGAGCACCGAGGUUGGGGAGCUGUUGAAUGAUGAGAUUCCUGAUGUUGUUGCUUCGUCGUCGGAUGACGAUGAUGAAGAAGAUAGGAGUAGGGACUAGGGGGACCAUGUGCCUGGGUUGUCUUCGGGUCUUUGAUGUGGAAGUUACGACAAGAAGAGGAGCUGUAAUGCGGCUGUACUUGGACAUGAUGUCCCGUCUAGCUCUUCAUGGGGUCAUGUCCGGAAAUCGGUUGUCAAAGGAAACAGAUGCACAGAUGCCCAUGACGGACAAGUGGCGUGCAGGAACAUGGCUGUCAGGAGGUUGAAAUGUAUGGCUCAUGCUCUGUAAGAGGAUGAUACGCGCUUCGUAGGAGCGUGUCCCAAGGUUCGCGAGCACCUCCCAGAUAUCACCUGUGUUUGGGCCUGCGUAAGGUUACAUGGACUUGCACAAAGGAUCUCCAUGCGCCUCGAUGGGUAUGGUAGCCGUCGUUGUGUAGAAUGUAUCGACU